CAACAACAGUAGCUUCAUCUUACGUGGUCUUCUUUGAUUACUCCUACUAAUAUUUCAGAAGUCAAUUUCUUCACUUUGCUUUUCAUUACCGAAAAUACAAUGAAACUACUUUCUCUCUGAAAUUGCAAACACAAAUACUCCAUGCAUUAUCUACCUUAAAACUUGAUCAUUUGCAACUCAUCUGAACUUGUUUUCCACUAUUCCUAAUUGUGUAGUGAAUGAGCAUGAAGAAGAUGACUCCCUCUCAGCUUCUCUUCCUUUCACUGCUUCUGCCAUGCUUCACAUCGCUUGCCUUUGGUCAAAAUACCACUGACCCAGCUGAAGUGGAAGCUCUGAAAGAUAUAGGCAACACCCUUGGUAAUAAGAAUUGGGACACAACCAUAGAUCCAUGCAGUAAUAAACCUCCGUGGAGUGUAACUAUGGAGAAAGACAAAGCCAACUAUGUCAGAUGCAAUUGUUCUAUCCCCACCGACACCUACUGCCAUGUUGUUUCAAUAACGCUGAAAGCACAAAAUCUUACUGGCACGCUCCCAUCUGAAUUGACAGGGCUACCUCACCUUGAAGAAAUUGACCUCACUCGCAAUUAUCUUAAUGGGACAAUACCUAUUGCCUGGGGCUCCUCCAAACUUCGUAUUAUUUCUCUUCUUGGAAAUCGACUUACUGGUCCCAUCCCAAAAGAGAUAGGAAACAUCACAACCCUCGAAAGUUUGGUGCUGGAAUUUAAUCAAUUCACUGGAAAUAUUACACCGGAACUUGGGAACCUUUCUCACCUUCAAAGAUUGCAUCUUACCUCCAACAAUUUUACCGGAGAACUUCCCGAAACUUUGGCUAAACUUACAUUAUUGAGAGAACUUCGUCUUAAUGACAAUAACUUCUCAGGAAGCAUACCCAGUUUUAUUCAAAGAUGGACAAAUCUUGAAAUAUUAGAAAUUCAAGGUAGUGGUUUAAGUGGGCCAAUUCCUUCUCAAAUUUCAUUGCUGCACAACUUAUAUGACUUGAGAAUUACUGACUUGAUUAAUGGAUCAGAUUCUACUUUCCCACAAAUUAAUAAUAUGACAAAUUUGAAGACACUGAUACUAAGGAACUGCCAAAUUAAUGACGAAUUACCUUCAUAUCUUGGGUACAUGAAAGGCAUUGACACUACUAUGCAAACCUUAGACCUAAGCUUUAACAAAUUACGCGGAAAUAUUCCAGAGAACAUUGGAAACCUAUCAAAACUGUCACACGUAUAUUUCACUGGAAACCAACUUACUGGACCUCUACCUAAGUGGGUAGCUGCAGGAGGUAAACCUAUAGAUCUUUCAUAUAACAACUUCACUGAUAAAAACUCCUCCAUGGCAUGCCAAGAGAAUAAAGAAGUGAAUUGGUUUGCCAGCUUCCCAAUGAGCCAAAAUGGACCUAUUACCUGUCUGAGUAGAGAAAACUGUACAAGACUCUUUGACUCAUUCCACAUAAAUUGUGGUGGUGAACAACAAAGAAGCAAUGAAAAUAUUAUGUAUGAUGAGGACUUUUAUCCAUCAGGGGCAGCAACAUCUGAAAAGCCCAAAGAAAAUUGGGCAUUUAGCAAUACCGGUCAUUUCUUAGGUGGUCAUAAUGAACUAGCCUAUAUCCAGCAAAGUCAAAAUACACUUUCUAUGCCUGAUUCUGUAUUGUAUCAGACUGCACGUGUAUCCCCCAUUUCCUUGACUUAUUAUGGAAUGUGUCUAAAAAAUGGAGACUACAUAGUAUCACUACAUUUUGCAGAGAUCAUGUUCACUGAUGAUAACUCAUAUAGCAGUCUUGGAAGACGUAUAUUUGAUGUUUACAUUCAGGGAAAGCUAGAAUUGAAGGAUUUCAAUAUUGCAAAUGAAGCAGGAGGAGUUGGUAAGAACAUUACAAAAAGAAUUUCAACUAUUGUUACUAAUAACUCUUUAGAAAUUCGUUUUUAUUGGGCUGGAAAAGGAACAACUUCUAUCCCAUAUAGAUCAGUGUAUGGCCCACUUAUAUCAGCUAUAUCUGUCACUCAUGUAAACACUACAGUUCCCAACAACAGGCAUCCAAACAUAAGUGGCAUAACUAUAGGGGUUGUAAUUGGGAUAGUUCUUUCUGCAAUGGUAUUUGUCAUCCUUAUUUUACUUGGUUGGAGAUUGCAUUUUGCGAAAAGAAAUUCAUUGGCAAAAGAGUUAAACCAUUUAAAUUUGCAAGUGGGUUUGUUUACUAUGCGUCAAAUCAAAGUUGCAACAAAUAACUUUGAUAUUUCCAAUAAGAUUGGAGAAGGAGGCUUUGGUCCUGUCUACAAGGGUACUUUAUCAGAUGACACAAUAAUAGCAGUUAAAAAGCUUUCAUCAAAGUCUAAGCAAGGGAACCGUGAAUUUAUAAAUGAGAUAGGGUUGAUUUCAGCUUUGCAACACCCUUGUCUUGUUAAGCUUUACGGUUGUUGUGUUGAGGGUGAUCAGUUGUUGUUGGUAUAUGAAUAUAUGGAAAAUAAUAGCCUUGCACAUGCUUUAUUUAGAAAUGAAGAAUCUUGUUUGCAAUUAGAUUGGCCAACCAGGUAUAAGAUUUGUGUUGGUAUUGCUAGAGGUUUAGUAUUCCUACAUGAAGAAUCAAGAUUAAAAGUUGUUCACAGAGACAUAAAGGCUACUAAUGUGUUAUUAGACAAAGAUCUAAACCCAAAGAUAUCUGAUUUUGGUCUUGCAAAGCUUGAUGAUGAAGACAACACUCACAUAAGCACAAGAAUAGCUGGGACUUAUGGAUAUAUGGCUCCAGAAUAUGCCAUGCAUGGUUAUUUAACUGAUAAAGCAGAUAUCUAUAGUUUUGGAGUAGUUAUCUUGGAAAUUGUAACUGGAAACAGCAAUACCAUCCCUCGACCCAAACAAGAAGCAUUGCAUCUUUUAGAUUGGGCCCAUUUCUUGAAAGAGAAAGGAAAUCUGAUGGAGCUUGUUGAUAGAAGAUUAGGAUCAAAUUUCAAUGAAAAAGAGGUUAUGAUGAUGAUAAAAGUAGGUCUUUUAUGCACAAAUGCCAUUGCAAACCUUAGGCCUUCCAUGUCAACAGUGCUCGGCAUGCUCGAAGGAAAAACUGUGAUUCCAGAAUUUAUUUCAGAUUCAUCUGAAAUAAUGGAUGAAAAUAAGCUAGAGGCUAUGAGACAAUUUUACUCUCAAAUGGAAGAAAAUCAGAGCAAUGAAACACAUACAAAUCAUAGUUCAUCGAAAGAUGGGUCAUGGAUUGCUUCGCCUUCAUCAACUUCAGAUUUAUAUCCUCUCCAUACUGAUUCUUCUUAUUGGGAAAAAAGAAAUUAGAAGGGUGUACUUUCUUUUACACUAUUUUCCGGACCAUAUAAUAUUAUAUAUAAAUUAGUUGAUCAUCGUUAUUAUAUUUUUUAGUUAA